AUGGGAGCGAGCGACUCAAAGCUCGUCUUCAAGAAGGGCAUCUUCAGACUGUCCGAAGAACGUCAUAUUCCUGCGGAUGAUCCUUACUGGACCUCGUUUUGGGAGCUGCCCGAGUCUUCAGAAGAUGUCUUUAGCUUGUUUUCCCCGGCAGAUAUUCGGCGGACCCGUGAUCAUGCGCUCGAGAACCUGGAGACGCUCAUACUGGCAGUAACGUCGCGCCUGUUCAUAUUACGCCACCAUCCCUCCUUUCCCGACCCGGAGAUCGCACCCGAGAAGGAUGCUUUGAACUGCAUCCGAGUCCUGACGCGUGUUCUUCCUUAUAUAUACGAAAAGGAUUCACUGCAGUCGUGGGAGGAGCGCUUUUUUUGGGGUGCGAGGAGAAAGAGGACGCGGCAAUCAUCGAUAGCAAAUGAGGUCCUCUUCGACGAGUCCGAGGAGGAGGCACAAGCGAGGGCCGCCCAUGCUCAGGAUGAGUUUGAGGAUGCGAAGCCAUUGGCUGAGGAGCUGAUAGAUACGCUCGUUGACCUCCUCUUCUUUGCCGACCUGACGGUGCAGAACCAACCUCACGGUAAACCAAAGGUUAGCUAUGCCAUCUGGCAGAGCGGUGUGGGCUGUAAUGCAGCCGUGCCGACGACUAAAGAAUACGAGAGCAACCGGUGCGAGAUCCUUCGACUUCUCCUGACACUAGCCAGCCAAAGCAUGUACAUGAGCUCGGGCGUCCUGCCACAGAAAGGCGUUCGGGCGUUGACGUAUAUCUGUACUUGUCCCGACAAACAGACCGUCCUCUCUGUGUUGUGCUCACUUCUAAACACGACGAUGAAAUACAACCCGGCAAGUUGGCGUGUACCCUACAACACCCUGGUGUUCAAGGAUCCCAAGCAGGUCUUGGUCACCUAUACCCUGCAAUUUCUUCUGGUGGCACUGCUGUAUCCGAUCCCAGAGCAGAAUGGCACUACACCCAAGAACUAUUACCGUCACUUCCUUGGCCGUGUGCAUCGACCCGCGGAUUUCCAGUUCAUCGUGGAUGGUAUGACCAGGAUUUUGAACCAGCCUCUCCAAGCAAACGCCUCGUAUAUACCGGGGACACAUUCAUCUGUGAAGUUUGCUCCCGAGAUCAUCAUGCUGUUUUGGGAGAUUACACAGUGUAAUAAGCGUUUCCGCUCCUUCAUCGUCGACACCGAGAGGGCUCUCGAUUUCAUCGUCCUGAUCCUUUUCUAUGCUCUCGAAUACAAGAACGACGGGUCGAAGCAAGGGGUCGUUAGGAUGUGUGCGUUUCUCCUACAGACAUUGAGCGUGGAGAAGAACUUCGGCAGCAAUCUGAACAAGACGUUCGAGGCCCAGGAGACACUACCACCGGCGAUCAGGAUACAGGGCUUUCGUGGCACAUAUGCAGACUUUCUGCUUCAGGCAAGUCUGAUCUACAGCCUCAUUACAACCAGCCAAGGAAGGCUGACGGCUAUCUACCCGGCGCUUCUUGCCGUGAUCAAUAACAUCUCGGCAUAUCUGGAGGGGAUUAGUUCAACCACAAGUGCCAAACUCCUCCAACUCUUCUCCUCCAUGUCUUCGCCAUCGUUUCUGCUGGCAAACGAGACAAAUCAUGAUCUGUUGCAGUCACUACUGGAGUCAAUGAAUGCCAUCAUCGAGCACCAGUACAAGAAAAACCCUCGGUUUGUUUUCGCGGUGGUCAAGAACAGGAAGCGGUUUGAGGCACUUCGCAACUUUACCCUUGAAAGCGGGCAGGAAGAAAUCGAGAGGCGUAACAGGCGGAGGAAGGAUGCCCCGUCGUCUUCGGACCCCCUAGAGGCAUCCUCAACACGAACCUCGGCUGAGAGCAUUAGGAGCCCUACCUCAGUUCACCCGCAACAUCCUCCGCUAGGAGAUGUACCCGAGGAGGACAGCACGUUCGCGAUCGGCGACGCUGACGACGACAGCGACGAUGAGGAGCCCCGUCCAACUCCAUCACAUUCGACUCCCAGCGACCUCCAUUCUCGGGCGUCAUCGGUCGCAUCUCUCGAGGAUGCGGUCCCCAUCCAGUUACGGGGCAUGUCAGAAAAGGCCAGGGGCAAGAUGCCGGCCGGUGCGCAGGCCUUCUCACGGCAGAACAGCACCACAAGCCUUGGAGGCGGCUACACCAGCGCAGGCCAGUCGCAAGAUGCCCUCUUUGAGCCGACGGCACCUUGGAUCGACAAGUGGCUUCCCGAGCUGCCCUUGCACACCAGCCUCGCCCUCAUCCAACAGGUCACGGCGCUGGUACCGCGGCAGGCGUUAGCGGCCGAUCUACCGUCCCGCGAGACGUUGCUCAUGAUACAGGAAAUUCGCCUGGUGGGCGUGGAGCCAUCGGCCGUCCAGGUCCACUCGUUCGAGUGGUCGCCGCUCGCACUGGGCUGGUACGAGUCGCUGAUAUGGAGCUUCAUCUUUACGAGCGAGCUCCAGGUGGCCAAGGGAACAGUCGGCAUCUGGAACGCGACCGCGAUCAAGCUCUUUCGUGUUCAAGAGACGGCGCCGGAGGGGCCUACUUUGACGUCCCCGCGCGGUGCUGUGGAUGCAGUUGGCAGCAACAUCGUCUCGAGGAUUGGCGCCAUCAAUUUGCGCGGCGCGGCGCCUGCACAUGGAACGAGCGGAGCCCCGCCACGGCCUUCCUGA